CCGCCACAGCACAGCCGUCGGUUCUGGAGCCUCGGAAACAACAGAACUUCGGUUUCACGUCGGAUUGAUCGGACAUUUUUUGAAUCAAUGGGUUUGCAUUCAAACGGGUUGGUCGUUUUACUGCUUCGGGGGGGUUAGGUGGAAAGAAAAAGCGCGCGUGUCUGAGUGAGAGAGCAGCAAGAGGAAGGACAGGGGGAGCGGGUGGGAGGGCUGGAGAACGGAACAUAUAUUCUUUCGGGGAUGGAGCUCACCAUGGAGAACCUGCACAGCGUCUCUGCGCACUCCCAGGCGGGAGACCUCAUGAGCUCCCCGCACGCUCGCCCGUCGCCAUCCCCCAGCACCACACCGAGAAAUCUGGUCUCGCACGCUCCGAGCGCGCGGUCAGCUAUGGUCUCAGGCAUGGCCUCCCUUCUGGAGGGGUCCGGCGGAGAUUACCGGACAGACCCAUCCGGGCUGUCCGGACAUCUCCAUCCUUCCAUCAGCAUGUGCGAGACCGGGAUGAGCCUUAGUAACACUUACACCACCCUCACCCCCCUGCAGCAUCUACCUCCGAUAUCCACCGUGGCGGAUAAGUUUCACCACCCUCACUCUCACCACCACGCUGCCGCACACCAACGACUCUCCGCCGGUAACGUCAGCGGCAGCUUCACCCUGAUGCGGGACGACCACCGCGGACUUACGUCAAUGAGCAACUUGUACAGUCACUACCCCAAGGAGAUGUCCGGGAUGGGACACGGCUCGCUGUCUCCGCUGUCCGGUGGACUUGGAUCUCUGCACAACUCCCAGCAGUCUCUGUCCGCUUACGGCCACAGCGCGCACCUCUCAGACGCUAAAAUGAUCUCUCCGGUGCCGGGGUUCGAGUCACACGCGUCCAUGCUGUCCAGAAGUGACCAAGAGCACCUAGCCAGGAGUUUAGGGGGCCACGGCCACGGCAUGAUCUCCAACCUCAACGGCAUGCACCAUCACCCGCACAGCCACCUGCACUCCCAGGCAAACGGUGCGGUGAUGCUGGGAGAGCGGGAGAGGCACGGCCACGGGGCAAGCCAGGGAGUAUCAGGGUCAAACAUCCAAGCGGAGGAAAUAAACACAAAGGAGGUGGCUCAGAGGAUAACGGCUGAGUUAAAACGGUACUCUAUCCCACAGGCCAUAUUUGCCCAGCGGAUCUUAAGCAGGUCACAGGGCACGCUCUCAGACCUGCUACGGAACCCCAAACCCUGGAGUAAGCUCAAGUCAGGUCGAGAGACGUUCAGGAGGAUGUGGAAGUGGCUGCAGGAGCCCGAGUUCCAGCGGAUGUCUGCUCUCCGACUGGCCGCAUGUAAGCGUAAGGAAGAGGACCGGGGGCGAGAGCGCAGCCAGGUGCCAAAGAAGCAACGACUGGUCUUCACCGACCUGCAGCGCCGCACCCUGGUGGCCAUCUUCAGAGAGAACCGCCGCCCCUCCAAAGAGAUGCAGCUCACCAUCUCCCAGCAGCUGGGCCUGGAGCUCUCCACCGUCUCCAACUUCUUCAUGAACUCGCGCCGCCGCUGUCCGGACCGCUGGGACACAGAGGAGCACGCGGUGCACGGCCAUGGAACCGGCGGCAACAGCAACGCGUCGCCGAUCCAACCCGGUAUCUCCUCUGCCAACACGUUCUCCAAAGCCUGAAGAGAGCAGGAUUGUUGAACAGAUGUGUGGACAGAGGAAUAGUAAAAAAGAAAACAAAAAACGAAAAACAAAAACAAAAAAACAGGCUCCAACUGCUGUUACGCAGCUCCCCUGCCUGGUUUAUCUGCAUGAACGUGCAGAAUAAUCAGAUUAAGGUUUUCCUUUAAUCCGAAUCUAAGUGGGCUCACUUGCACUUUGAAGUGACGCAGCUAUAACCAAAGAUGUAGAUGCUUUAAGAAUCCCCCCCAAAGAUCUACUGACCUGAAAACCAAAGAGAAACCACCAUGACGGGUCUGCGUCAAGCCUUGGAACGAGCCGCAGAGCGCGCGCAGCCCCCUUGUCUCCAUUCAGCAGACAGCAGCCCAAUCAGGAAAAAAGUAGUUUGUAGCAUUUAUUUGAUCAAAACGGCGAAUUUAUGAAUUUUAGUGAAAUCAUCACAUCUGAUGAAAAAAUAUAUAUUAAGAACUAUAUUGGAGUGAGUUUUUGCGCGUCUGUUUUGGAGUGACAAAGGUCUCAUUUUGCGCGUUCCGAGGCCCCGAAACACCCCGCAGAGGUCUCUGUUUGACCCGCAGUGUGUCCAAGCAGGUCCACAUCAUCUGCAGCCGCUCAGAUCCAUUCAAGCCACAGCAACAGCGCCACCUGCUGUCUGUUGAAACCACGCGCAAAGCAGCAACCCUGAAUUUUUACACUUAAAAAAAGGAAAACUAAAUAUGUUUGUAGUUAAUAUAGGCCAUUCACAAUCCUCAUUGGUGAACUAGUGGGGCCAAAAGGGUUUAAACUAGGUAACUAAUGCAUAUUUUGGUGUUCACUAGUUGACUAGUAUGGAUUUAACACCUUAAUGUAGGUCGUAAGACUCUUAAAGCAACCAGUUAAUAAAAAACGUCAGUCAUUCUGCAUAAUAUAGAUUUUCAAAACAUUUGUAUGUGGAUCACACGCAAACAUGCUAAAACAGUCCUGUACAUGGGAUUGUGAAAGUGCCACAAAAGAAUAAACAAACAAACAAAAAAAAAAA